AUGCCUGUAAAUCCCUCAAUGCUGAAGAAAGAGAAUUAUCAUCGUGAAACAUACCGAAAUAUUUUCGACAUGUUUGAUGGGGACAUGGAUGGCAUAUUAGAUGAGAAAGACUUGCUUCAAGUGUUCUCAAAACUUGGUAAAACGGAAACAACAAAGAAGGAUAUAAGCGAUCUCAUCAACGAUCUCAAUGCUUCGUCUAAGAAUGAGCAAAUCUCAGGGAUAACGUUUGAUCAGUUUGUAGAGUUGGUUGGAGAGAAUGACGAGGAAGAGAAGGGAAGAAAAAUUCUCUCGUUUCUCACCUCCAAACGAUCCAAAAAAGUGGCUGGCAUUCAUACAGAACAAGAUAUGAGGGAAGCUUUCAAUUUAAUAGAUGACGACCGUGAUGGAGAAAUAACAAAACAGGAAUUUAAAAACAUUGUGAGCAAACUACAAAAUCUGGGUUCUAAUGCUUCUGUAAAUUCACCCAGCACUUCCAUGACCAUUUCGGACGCUGAAAUCGACUACCUCUUCGGCAUGGUUGAAGCUAAAGGCGGUUUGAACUUUGAUCAAUUUGUCACUUUAUUCACAAAGACAAUGAUUUAA